AUGCGCGCCUUUGUUGUCCACAAACAUGAACACCCCUCAAAGCUUUCGCUCACUGCUGACGCUGCUGACCCCAUUCCGGGGCCAGGAGAGGUUCUAGUAGAAGUGUACAGUGCAGGAAUGAAUUUCUUCGAUAUCCUGCAAUCCCAAGGGAAGUACCAGAACCAGCCGCCUCUGCCGUUCGUGUUGGGCUCGGAGUUCGCGGGCAUGAUUGCGGACGACUCACCCAUCCCUAGCGGAUGCCCAUUCAAGCCCGGGGAUCGAGUCUUCGGCGCUGCACAAGGAGCGUAUGCGGAGAAGAUUGCGGCGCGUUGGGACAGGUUGCUUACGCUCCCCGCGAAUAUGACUUACGACCAGGGUGCAGGUCUGUUUGUAACCUGGCCCACAAGUUACGAAGCACUAGUAGGACGAGCGGACCUGAAGCCAGGUGAAUGGGUGCUUGUCACUGCUUCAGCAGGCGGUGUUGGUCUAGCCGCCGUCCAGUUGGCCAAAGCAUUGGGCGCAAAGGUUAUUGCUGCAGCCGGCUCGCAAGAGAAGCUGGAUGUAUCCACUCGGUACGGAGGCGCGGACUUUACUGUGGAUUACACCAAGCCAAAUUGGCAACAAGAGGUUCUGAAGAUAACUGGCGGCAAAGGCGUAGAUGUAAUUUACGACCCAGUAGGCCUCAUUAAAGACUCCUUGAAGUGCAUAGCUUGGAAGGGCAGGGCACUUGUCGUCGGAUUUGCAGCCGGUCAAAUUGAGAAGUUACCGUUAAAUCUAGUUCUUCUGAAGAACAUUUCCAUCGUCGGUAUUCACUGGGGUGCUUAUACUCAGAAGGAAUCCUCGCGUAUUCCUCCAGUGUGGAAAGCAUUGCUAGGUCUCUUCGCGUCCGGACGUGCCACACCCGUUGUAUACACGGAAGUUUUCCCGCUGGAGCGCUUGUCCGAUGGUCUUUCUGCGCUGGAGCAGCGUAAAACAUGGGGAAAGGUGGUGGUGCGAGUUAGAGAUGAUGAGUUGGGCGUCUCGAGAGCCAAGCUAUAG